AUGCUAAACCUUAUACCAAAAAAAAUUGUCCCAAAAAGUUUGCUUUUUGGAAAAAAACCAAUUCAAAGAAUCCGAGUUGGGAAAAGUAAGAAUGUUUUAGAAUUAAGUUUAAGUGAUGUCAAUUCUAUAUAUGAAGAUGUUAAUGAAAAUAUAGAUUUGCAUAAUAAAGAUUACAAUCCGUUGAAAUAUAAGAAAUAUAUAAAUUAUAAAAUUUCUGCUUUGAAUUUAAUUGAAGCCUAUAAAAAUGAAGAAAACAAGAAGACUGCAUUAACAAAUAUUAAGUGGUAUUCCAAGAUUAGGGAUUAUUUUUUUAUAAAUUUUUAUAAAAAUCAAAUACAAUUAAAAGAAAAAAUGGUUCCCAAAUUUUUUUAUCCAAUAAAAUAA